AGAGAAGCAAUAUGAAAGAGAAAAAAUAAUUUUUUUUAAAAAAAGAAGGAUGUAAAUAAAAGUAGCUAAUGCUACCUACCAAAUGGAGCAAGCACUAAAUAAGUGAAUUGUAACCACUCAUGUUUCUCAACAACUUGGUCAAAUACUCUCUCUUAAUCUUAAGAUUAUUACUAUACUUUUUCUUUCAUAAUUCUCUCUCAGAAAAACAAGAUAUCCCCGAGUCAAUUGCACCUUCUUUUCCUCUCCUUAAUUAUCACUCACCACCUUCCAUUUAUAUUCCUUAAUUCUACCCUCUUUUCUCUCUCUCACCAAAUUACUCUUUUCUUCUCUCUAUCUCUUUGAGCCAAGCAAGUAUGGGUAGAUCUCCUUGUUGUGAGAAAGAGCACACAAACAAAGGUGCUUGGACAAAAGAAGAAGAUGAACGUCUCAUUAACUAUAUCAAGCUUCAUGGGGAAGGUUGUUGGAGAUCUCUUCCAAAAGCUGCUGGCUUGCUAAGAUGUGGCAAGAGUUGCAGACUCAGAUGGAUAAAUUACCUCAGACCUGAUCUCAAGAGGGGAAACUUCACUGAACAAGAAGAUGAUCUUAUUAUCAACCUCCACACCUUACUUGGAAACAAAUGGUCUCUAAUAGCUGCGAAAUUACCGGGAAGAACAGAUAAUGAAAUCAAGAAUUAUUGGAACACUCACAUCAAACGAAAACUCUACAGCCGUGGAGUCGAUCCUCAAACUCAUCGACCACUUAAAGACUCAACAGCAUCCACCACCACAGUUCCACCUCCUAAUACAUCAGUUUUACAAUCUCAAAUCACCACAAGCAAUAAGAACACAAUCAUCAACGAUAUUAGUAAUGGCAGUUUUCAGUUAGUUGGUGGUUAUGACAAUACAAAGAUUAAUGUAACCAAAUUGGUUUCUGAAGAUUCAAAUUCAAAUAGUAGUAGCGCGGUUAGCUCCGAGGAAACAUAUCAAUAUCAUCAUCAACAACUCAACUUGGACCUUUCGAUUGGUCUUCCUUCAUCGACGUCACAUACUCAAAUAAACACAGACAAAUUGAAAAUAGAACAACUACAAGGUGAUGAGCAACAAGAAACAAAGGUUGUUACAACUAGUCAUGGUUUGUGUCUUUGUUACAAUUUAGGGUUUCAAAGCAACCAAGUGUGUUGUUGCAACAAAACCAUAGGUAAUAGUAUUACUACAACUGUUGCUGAUAAUAAUAUGUAUAGAUUUUAUAGACCCAUGGAUAUUUAGAACUUAAUUAAUUUAGAAGUUAACUAGAGUUAAUUAAUUAGUAGCUGAUCCAGCUCAAAAUUAAUAUUGUAAUGUUGCGUCUUUUGUGUUAGUUAAUUAACAUGAAAAUAGUUUAAUUUUGACAAAUUUUCAGAUGAAUUUUUGUUUCAGAGAAUUUAGUUGGAAUCUUCGCACAUUGAGUUAAAAAGCAACUAUAUAAAGAGAAUUUAGGAUUA